AUGUCUCUCUUUCUUCUAAAUUCCUCUUUUGUUAUGAUUUCUUUUUUAUCUCAGGGACAAGAACAAGAUGAAGCAUGUUGUGGACAGCGGGAUAAUGACAAGAUCAAAGGCGCGGUCGUCCGAUUUAAUGGAGCUGGAGAAUGAUGUAUCUCCGGUAAAGAAAGCUAGAACUGAAGUCGGUGUGAUCCCUCCAUCGACGCCGGGAUCAAAUAUGAUUGUUCUUGAUGGUGAAUCGAGGGGAGAUGGCAAUGCUUUAGUCUGGAAAAGUCGUACCAGAUUUUCUACCUUGCAAUUCACCGAUAAGGUAAUUACAGCAAUGACUUGCCACUUGACCCUGGACGAAAUUACGAGAGAUGCUGGCCGUGGGAGAAGAGUAUGUUUUCUGCCUACUGAACUGCAGGAAGUGGUACUUAACUAUGGCAUGACACCGAAAAAAGCUUUAGAGUGUUACGGUACAAAGUUUCUCACAACAGCUCACACCUGCAGAAAGUUGUGUCUGCCAAUGAAGGAUAUCAUGCAUGGUGAUGACAUUCAUUGGUAUUUAGUAGUCAUCUUGAUGGAUGACAAGCAAGUUCAUAUCUUGGAUUCAUAUCCUUCUAAAGAGCGCCAAACACCUCGUAAAGAUGCAGUACAAACUAUGAUUGGAUUUCUCGAUGCCUUGUUCGAGGAUCUUUAUUUACAAGUGGAACAAAUGUGCGAUCCCCCAGUGAUGAAGGAGUUCUCUUUGACAAUUCCUUCAGUUCCUGAACAACGUCACGAGUAUGACAGUGGCGUUUGGGUGUGCAUAUGGAUGAUGGGUGCAACUUGGGAUGAAGAUUAUUUUAUAUGGCCAUGUGGAGAUAUGAGGAGAAUGCAACUAGCUUUGUAUUUGGUCAAACAACCUGCAAAUUACAUAAGACAUGUGGUCAUCAAGGAAGCAAAUAGGAAUGCACCAAGGUUUGAACUCGAGACUCGUACGUACAAGGAAGAAAAUCGAAAGAGGCUGAACAAGAACUAGAGCUAUAUGGAGAUAGUGCUUCCGUGAUUUCGUAAUUUAAGCUUGCUUUUUUUAUUCAAGGACUUGUUCGUUACAUGUUUCACUACAUUUCAUCAGAUUAACGGUUGCAUUUCUGUUGGGUAUUUUGGAUGAACAAAUUUCAGUUUACAUUAUCAUGAGAUUCGGUUCUUUUCGUUCUAUUGAACUUGGUUGAUUGUUGAACUAGUUAAGUUUAUGGUUUGAGAAUCUUUGGUCUAUAUGUUUAGAUACACAACAUUGACAUUUUUUGGUGUUUGAGCAGCCGAUAGCUUAGCCUUGGAAGAAUUGGGCCGAGACCCAAAGCUUAUUUUAUUUACCUUUCUCACCAGCCCACUCAAAAGAUUUUCCUUGGCCAGUUCACAAAUCAGACACCAAGCUUUUCCCAAAACUCACCGUUUCACAAACCCAAACUGAUCCUUCCCUUCUCUUCGACUGAAAUCAAAACCCCCUGUUCUUUGCUUUCAACCCAGACACAUGAACAGAGUGCAACAGGAUAUCAGCAAAGCCAAUCAAGUGCAGAAAAUAAAAGCACAACACCAAAUUUUUACUUAGGAACCAAAUACAGAGAGUCUUAAGAAAACGAAAACGACAACAUUAUUUUGUGUCCACUUCAGUAAGCCAGCAUCCAUCAAGUAGCAGUUGCAUCGUGCUGCCACCUAGUGAAAACAACAACAGCAGCAACGAAAACAACAACAAAGUAAUGGAUCAGGA